AACGUCUCUCCCGUUCCGUGACAGUACAAACGAGCCACUUGAAGACUCAGCGGCAAUGGGAAUUUUCUUGUACCCAGCUCCUGGUCGACAGAGGAACCAAGCCCCAAGGAGCUGCGGGAGGGUGCCCCCCUCCCAGUCUGGGCUGUUGCUCCAGAACCUCCUCGGACCGUGCCAGCCGCUUCCAGAAUCUCAGGGUCUUUCUUUGGGCGCCCCGGGCUGAGACGCAGCGUGGAGGAUCCUCUGCUGAUGUCGGUGAGGGGAGCGGCGGUUCCCACUCACAAAGCUCCCGAAGCGGUGGUGUCCGCUGAGUUUUUCUCCGAGGGGGCGGGGCUCAUCUCAGGCCUUUCCAAGGUGACGGUGCCCUUUCACGAUCCUCCCGAGGCGGCGCCCACUCAGAAAGCUCCCGAAGCGGCGGCUCCCGCUCGCUUUCCUCUUGAGGCGACGGUGCCCGCUCACAAUUUCCUCAAGGCGGCGGUGUCCGCUCCUGAUCCUCCCGAGGCGGCGGUGUCCACUCCCGAUCCUCCCGAGGCGGCGGUGCCCGCUCACAAGGCUCCCGAAGCGGCGUAGCCAGCCAUUGCCCGACACUCUGCUAUUAUUGUUGAAGAGUCUGCCCAUGGGAUGCUACUUCAAUAUCUAUGGAUUUGGCUCUAAUUUUGAGUCCUCCUCCUCUCAGAGUGUUGAGUACAAUCAGGACACAAUGGAUCAGGCUCUGAAGAGAGUGAAGGAAAUGCGAGCAGACAUGGGCGGCACAGAGAUAUUACAGCCUCUAAAACACAUCUACAGUCAACGCUGUUACCUCAAUCACCCCAGACAGAUUUGAAUCUGUACUGACUUUUGGUUUCUGCUCCACCAGAGGGCUCUACACUGAAGUCUAGGUCAAUGUGGGUAGCUCAGUCGGUCGAUAGAUGUAGCCUGUUACUGCCAGAGCUCCAGAAGGACCCGUUAUUGCUGCUGGUUUCUCUCCAAAAGGCAUCCGGCUGUUGGGAUCUGGACGCCACACUGGCUGAUGUGUUUGGGAAGACGGUGGAUGAGCUGACCAAUCAGAAACCAGCACAGGUGGAUGGGUCAGUAUGGGCCACUCUCCUGGCUCUGAUCUGGUUAUACGGCUGUAAAAUAGAGCAGCAGGUGGAGUGGCAGUUUGUGGCCAUGAAGGCAGCGUCAUGGAUCGGCUCUCAGAAAGAUUAAAGCUUGUGGCACCAAUGACAGCACCCUCUGUGGCUGAUAUAACGGGAACCUCUGGCAGCAGGACAGACUAUUUCUAGCAUUUGAACCUUGGGCCCUUGGGUCUGGACAGACACAGCAGUGGUCUUGGGUCUGUGAAUCAUUGGGCCAGCCAUGACCAGGAUGGUAUUGAUAGAGAGCUCUAGGCAACCAUGACAAGAACCUCUGAACUGACAGUGGCAGGAAUCUCUUUAGUAGCUCUGGCUCGUUUGAUGACAGAGAGUGGGAACUCUUCAUUGUGUAAGUGAAGACUGAGAGCUCUGGUAUUUGGACAUCGGAGGCAGGAUCCUCAGGAAUGGAGUGGCCAUGAUGGGACAAACAAAAAGGGCAACCAAAAGAAGUAUGUACAUAUAUACAAUAUGUACACAUCCCUCCGGAAGCAGUACCGCCAGACGCAAAUACUGCUUCCUCAAGCCAAGGCGCAAGACGCUACACAAGGCUUACUCGCCCCGCAAGACGCAAAGGCGAGAGGAGGGAUGGAAGCGUCUCCCGCUGCAGCCCGCAAGACGCAAAGCUGCAUGAGAGACGCCAACUGGAGUGGUCCUAUAAGACAACCUGAAACAAAACAGAAAAAGAACAGGUUUGACCUUUUGGAUCCUUCCCAUGAGCUAUUGAUUCUUUUUAGCUGAUCUUAGGUUCACUAACUGAAACCAGUUGUGGGACAUGAUUUACUCCAGACCAAGUCUCCGGAUUGGCUUCACAUGGAGGAGAACCCCGAGGAGGUCACAGCAUUCUGUGCAGGAAGACGGGAAAUACAUUAUUUUAGUACCUUACACUUCACAGCUGCUCUAUUUGAUCAUGUUAUUCUAAGCUGUAAGAUGUU